AUGAAUCCAACGAUUCAGAAAAAACUGAAGAAAAAAGAAACAAAAACACUUAUAUUUAACGAAAAGACGAACGACACACAUACACCCAGUGUAAAUGCUAGCAGUGUCAUUAAUAGAAAUGAUAAAAAUAAAAAUAAGUUAUUAUCCCCUUUAGAAUAUUCUAGGUUUAGAAGUAAAAGUGUCGAAAAUUCAAAUGCAUCUUAUAGUAACGAAAAUAACACCGAAAAAGAUGGGGUAGUAAAAAACGUCAGGUUAUCUUGUACUAAUGAUAAGGAUGUAUGUAAGGAAUCAAUAGACAAGUAUUCAGCAGAUUUAAAGAGGCAUAGUCUAGGAAUAAGCAUUCUAAAUGGCAAUAGUGCCAAUAGGGGAAGUAGCGGAAACAACCAUAACAAUUGCAGUGGUAAUAAUAGCGGUAUAAAUGGCAAUAAAUAUUUUAGCAAAUCUGAAAGGAAGAAAGUCCUAGGGUAUAACUAUUUCACAAAUAGGCAGCAGAUGAUAAAUGUAGACGAUUCAAGAAUAAUAAAAAACAUUCCUCUGAGCAUAUAUGUGGGUACAUGGAACUGUGAAUAUUUUGAUUUUUCAAAAGAUUUUGAAUAUGAGAAAAAAAGAUAUACUACAAAUUUUUUAAGUGAAAAUACAAAAGAUGAAAUUUACUCAAUGAAAUUAAAUGAAAAAUAUACCUUGAGGUCGCUAACUCCUUUAAUAUAUAUCAGUCCAACGAGCAAACGGAACAACUCCUAUUAUAAUGGAGAGGACGAUAAGAUUAAAAAUGAGCACAACCACACUAAUAGUAAUGGUAGUAAUAUUAAGAAGGAAUAUAAGGACAAAUUUAAUUACUUUAAGAAAAGCCCAAAUAAAUGCUCAAACCAUGUUUCCUCUGAUUCAGAUAAAGAGACUAAUAAUUUUACUCAUCAUAUCGUACGUGAUUGGGCAACCAAUUAUUGUAAUGCAAAAGGUUACAAUACCAAUAAAGCUAAUAAUGCUAAUAAAGCUAAUAAUGCUAAUAAAGCUAAUAAUGCUAAUAAUGCUAAUAAUGCUAAUAAUGCUAAUAAUGCUAAUAAUGCUAAUAAUGCUAAUAAUGCUAAUAAAGCUAAUAAUGCUAAUAAUGCUAAUAAUGCUAAUAAUAAUAAUAACAAUUCCAAUUAUACCCAUGUGAUGAACUUUAGGAUUGACAGGAAUAGGACAGAUGCAGAUAAAUUUUCGAAUGCGGAAAGGCGGGAUGAGGGAAACAGCGAAAGGAGUAAUGAUGCAAAUGGUAAUUCCUAUUUUAGUACAGCUGCUAGCAGUAUCCAAGAGAAUAAGAACAAAAAGUCUAAGAGUUGCAGCACCCUGAGCAUCCCAAAUAUUAACAUUGAAAAAAUACAAAGGAGUGAUAUAUGGUCAGACGAAGCAAAGCAAGUAACAGAUAUGACCCACUUGUCAAAUUUGACAGAAAAAGCAGGAAGUGAGAAAAGAACUUCAUACAAUUUUCAGAUUAAAACAAAUUGUACACGAGCAUAUGAAUCGAAAGAUAGGAAGAUUUUUGCUCAUUGGAUUCAACCUUAUUACGAUAUCUAUGUUAUAUGUUUACAAGAGUCCAUAUCUGACAAUAUUAUUGAUUGUCUAUCCAAAUAUUUAAAAGAGAUAAAUCAAGAAACAUAUGAGUUUUUACCCUUAGCAGACUACAAAUUAUCCGGUUAUGGAGAUGGAGCAUUUUUACAAAUGAAAUCUACAACUAUAGCUGCAUGGGUCAGGAAAUCUAAAUUAUAUCCAAAAGGACCAGUAAAAUUAUGUGCCUCUAAAUCUAUAGCUUUCAACAAAUUAAAUAAUAGCAAAGGAUGCGUUUCAAUACUACUGAACAUUUUCAACCAGUUCGUUUUAUUUAUCGGUUGUCAUAUGCCUGCUAGGGAUCAAGAAUUAAGACAAAAAUCAAGAGAAUUUAUCUUAACAAAACUAAGUGAAUAUUUUAGUAAUAAAGCUACAUCUAAUUUUAAGGAUGUUUUUCAUCAUAUUAUUUGGAUGGGCGAUUUUAAUUUUAGAGUUCAUGGUAUACAUCUAGAAAAAGUAGUUCAUUAUUUACAAACAAAUAAUUUAACCGAAUUGCUUAAACAUGAUGAAGGGCAUUCAGCUUAUUCGUAUGACUUGUCUAUAAGCUUUCAAGAACUCCCAAUAAAUUUUUUACCCACUUACAAAAAAAAGGGAAACAGACCUAUCAUUAAUCGAAAUGACACCAAAUGGGUGGAAAAGGAGUACAAGCUCAUUCACAAUAUCAAGUGGUACAAGGGUGGCAAGCAGGAAACCCGCUUACCCUCGUGGACAGACAGAAUUUUCAAGUGGUCAUGUGAAAAAACUCAAAACUGCCUGACGUUUGUACCAAAUUCGUAUCUUUCACCAAUACCUCAGGAAAUUAGUAUUAUUAUGUCUAGUGAUCAUAACCCCGUGUCGUGCUGCUUCCAAAUGUAUAAAAUGAAGAAUGAAGAAGAUAUACCGUUGACUAAAGUAAUUUUUGAGUACCUGUAA